UUUUCUGUCAAUUGCCUAAGUGAAAACAGUUGAGACCAAGAUUGAAGCUGAACAACAUGCCCGGCGCUGACAAGGAAACCGACCUAUCCGAGCGAAUAGAGGCCUUCCUAGCGGAGCUAAAACGGGGAGGCAGUGGCACCGGACCUCUCCGUGGAUCGGCAGAAACUGCAAGGGAGACUGCAGCCUUGCUGCGCAGAAUAACAGCGCAGGCACGAUGGAGCAGCGCAGGCGAUCUUAUGGAGAUUAUACGCAAAGAGGGGAGGAGAAUGACAGCAGCCCAGCCGUCAGAGACCACAGUCGGGAACAUGGUGCGUAGGGUGCUGAAGAUCAUCAGAGAGGAGUAUGCAAGGUCGGGGGGAAGCAGCGAGGAGGCGGAUCAACAGGAGUCGUUGCACAAACUCUUGACCUCUGGGGGACUGAAUGAGGAGAACUUCAGGCAGCACUUUCCACCUCUAAAAGCUAACGUGAUUGAGGCCAUCAACGAGCUCCUCACAGAACUUGAGGGAACUACUGACAACAUUGCCAUGCAAGCCCUGGAGCACAUCCACUCGAAUGAGGUCAUCAUGACAAUUGGGCGCUCACGCACAGUGGAGGCCUUCCUCAAAGAUGCUGCGCGCAAACGCAAAUUCCAUGUCAUUGUGGCUGAGUGCGCUCCAUUUUGUCAGGGCCAUGAAAUGGCUACAAGUCUUUCCGAAGCUGACAUAGAAACAACAGUCAUCACAGACGCUGCAAUAUUUGCUGUGAUGUCUCGGGUCAACAAGGUCAUCAUUGGCACACAGACAGUGCUUGCAAAUGGUGGGCUGCGUGCGGUCAGUGGUACCCACACCCUGGCACUGGCCGCCAAACACCACUCCACACCACUCAUCGUCUGCGCACCCAUGUUCAAGCUCUCGCCACAGUUUCCCAAUGAAGAAGACACCUUCCAUAAGUUUGUGUCCCCGCAGGAAGUGCUUCCAUUUACAGAAGGUGAAAUUUUGUCCAAGGUGAAUGUGCACUGCCCUGUGUUUGACUACGUGCCUCCUGAGCUCAUCACGCUGUUCAUCUCCAACAUCGGGGGAAACGCCCCUUCCUACAUCUAUCGCCUAAUGAGCGAGCUUUACCACCCAGAGGAUCACGAGCUCUGAACCAAUAAAAAUGACAGAAUUUAAUCCAG